AUGGCGUCUCAACAGGAGAAGAAACAGCUGGACGAGAGGGCGAAGAAGGGAGAAACCGUGGUGCCAGGUGGCACUGGAGGUAAAAGCUUUGAAGCUCAACAGCAUCUCGCUGAAGGGAGGAGUCGAGGAGGGAAUACGAGGAAGGAGCAGUUAGGAACUGAAGGAUAUCAGAAGAUGGGACGCAAAGGCGGUCGUAGCACUGGAGACAAAGCUAGUGGUGAAAACGCUGAGGAUGAAGGAGUCGAUGAAGAAGAGCCCAAAUCCAGGACCAAGAGUUAA